UACUAUGUUGACCGUAAAUUGCCCCACACCCACAGCUAGUCUUGGAUUUGCAAGCAGGCCAAUGUCCCUCAAGACCAUAACUAACCUCAACCGAUUAUACAUACAGCCAAGACCUUUUGUACAACCUCAAACACUAUCUCAACAAAUCCAAACCAUAGUUGAUCAAAUAAAAAAAUGUUCCAACUUAAACCAACUAGAAACAAUAUAUGCCACCAUGAUCAAAACAAAUGCAAACCAAGACUGCUUCUUAACGAACCAAUUCGUCAGUGCAUGCGCCACUUUUUGCCGUAUGGAUUAUGCAAUUUUAGCCUUUACCCAAAUGCAAAAACCCAAUGUUUUUGUCUAUAAUGCAUUAAUUAAAGGCCUUGUGCAUUGUCAUAACCCGUUCCAAGCUUUAGAUUAUCACAAACAUAUGCUGAGAGCUGGAGUUUGGCCCUCAAGUUUCACGUUUUCUUCGUUAGUUAAGGCUUGUGGUUUGGUUUCUGAAUUGGGGUUUGGAGAAAGUGUCCAUGGCCAAGUUUGGAAACAUGGUUUUGAGUCACAUGUCUUUGUCCAAACUGCUUUGGUUGAUUUUUAUGCGAAUGUUGGAAAAUUUGCUGAAUCCAAAAGGGUGUUUGACGAAAUGCCCGAUAGAGAUGUAUUUGCAUGGACUACGAUGGUUUCGGGUUUUUUAAAGGCCGGGGAUUUGGUUUCUUCGAGGAGGCUGUUUGAUGAGAUGCCUGAAAGGAAUACCGCCACGUGGAAUGCAAUGAUUGAUGGGUAUGCAAGAGUAGGGGAUGUGGAGUCAGCUGAGUUAUUUUUUAAUCAAAUGCCUGUAAAGGAUAUCAUUUCUUGGACUACUAUGAUCAACUGUUAUUCCAAGAACAAGCAAUUCAGAGAAGCAUUAGCUGUUUUUGAGGAAAUGAGGAGAAAUAAGGUUAGUCCAGAUGAAGUGACCAUGGCAAGUGUUAUUUCAGCUUGUGCCCAUCUCGGAGCGCUUAAUACGGGAAAAGAAAUACAUCACUAUGUGAUGCAAAAUGGAUUUUAUCUUGAUGUUUAUAUAGGGUCUGCAUUGGUUGAUAUGUAUGCUAAAUGUGGAAGUUUAGAGAGGUCACUUUUGGCGUUCUUUAAAUUAAGAGAGAAAAAUCUGUUUUGUUGGAAUUCAGUAAUUGAAGGGCUUGCUGUUCAUGGUUAUGCACAGGAAGCACUGGCAAUGUUUGACAGUAUGGAGAGGCAUCAUGUCAAACCAAAUGGGGUUACUUUUGUUAGUGUUCUUAGUGCCUGCACUCAUGCAGGACUUGUCGAGGUGGGCCGUCAGAGGUUUUUAAGCAUGACUCGUGAUUAUUCAAUCCCCCCUGAAGUUGAACAUUAUGGAUGUAUGGUUGAUCUAUUAAGCAAAGCUGGGUUGCUUGAAGAUGCACUAUUCUUGAUAAGAAGCAUGAAGUUGGAACCAAAUCCUGUUAUUUGGGGUGCAUUAUUAGGUGGGUGUAAGCUUCAUAGGAAUUUGGAGAUUGCUCAGUUUGCUGUGAAUGAACUGAUGGUUUUGGAUCCACACGAUAGUGGCUACUACACCCUUUUACUUAACUUGUAUGCUGAAGUCAAUCGAUGGGCCCAGGUUACAAAGAUCAGGCAGAUGAUGAGAGAAUUAGGUGUUAAAAAGGGAUGUCCUGGAUCCAGUUGGAUUGAAAUGGAGAGCGAAAUUCAUCAGUUUGCAGCAUCUGAUAAAUCCCACCUGGCUUCAGAUGAGAUCUACUCGAUUCUGGCCGAAUUAGAUUUACAACUGAAGCUAGCUGGCUAUGUUUCUGAUGAACUGGGGUCUAUAUAUUAGAAGUUUAAUCUUCAUGAGAGGAAAUGACAUCUAAAACAAACUGCAGAUUGUGAAAGUUCACAUGCCAUAUGCAUAUGAUUGACGCUUUGCAAAGAAAGGCUCUAAAUAGGGCUCUAGUGAAGCAGAGUCAAGCUAGCCGGAAAAAGAUGUAGUUGGAAGGGCUUGUGUACUGGUAAGCUCUUGAAAAGACGUAAUCAGACUAUCCAUUUUUGGUUGACUGUUAAUAACAUAUGACUGGUGGAAUAACUAAGUACGGUUGAUGCUGGGAUUUACACAUUCCUUUUUCUCCCAUAAGCAGUUUCUUGUAGAGAGUAGGAAAUGGGAUGGAAGGUCAGAUUUGGUGCUUGGAAUACAAUUGAAAACGGAGACCAGAAGAUAACGAGCUGAUAAAUGAGUAAAAUGCAGGUCAUGCAAAUUAAGUCCUCUGCUGGAAGUUAAACCAAAAGAUGAUUCUGGUGUUCAGAGAGUAUGGUCCCUUGGUUAAUAUCAUGAAAAGAUGACUGUAUAGUUGGAUGCUUCACUGAGCUUGGAUAAACUGUAUCUGCUGGUCAUUUUUAAACACCAGACAUGAAGAAUUGUGGCAGACUUCCUAUUUGAGAAACAUAUAAUGAGCCUUGACUGUUUACAUGCUUGAAGUAGAUCAGACAUAAAUCCUAGUACUGUUUCCGCGAUUUCAUCCGCAUUGCACCUCUGUAUUUGAAAGCAUUGCGUUCUUGCUUAGCUGCUUUGCAAAGUGGUAAUUCCAAAAGUCAAACUCUCUUGGCUUAGCUUGUUCAUUUUUUUUAAUUCAUAAUUCAACUUUAAUCAAGUAUCAUUGAACUUUCAAGAUUUUUAUAAAAUAUCAUAAGGCCAUAACUGUACCUUGCUCGACUGGUAAAAUUUUUCCCUUGUUAUUAUGGGAAGGCUUUGUUUGUGUAAAUCUGACUGUUGAAAGUCGCACAAUAUCAUCAUA